AUGAAGAAAGACUCACCAGAGAUAGCCGGUUAUACCGUGCUCUCCAUUCAACUCCCCCCAACACCCGCCUUUCCCAAACCAGCAACCCAUUACCUCUACCUACGCCCUCACGAGCCUCGCAUCCCAGACCCCGACUCCCCUCGCUCUCUUUUCAUCGUCAAUAUCCCCAUAGACACAACCGAAACCCACCUCCGCCACCUUUUCGCCAAACAACUCUCCGCCGGCCGCGUCGAAAAAGUGCACUUCGAAAACGUCCCUACGAAAAAGAAGCACUCUCUCCCAACCCUCUCCGCCUCCAAGAACAACAAAAAACGCAAGCGCAUCACAGCCGACGACCUUCAAUCCCAACUCGAAGCCAUCGAGCUCCCCUCAACAUGGGACCACCAUCUCCAGAAAUCCGGCGCCCACGCCAUCGUCAUCUUCGCCGAUAAACCCAGCAUGGAAAGUAGUCUCAAAGCAGCCACAAAAGCAGCCAAAAAGGGCACCCAGAUCGUCUGGGCCGAAGGCAUCGAGGACCGCAUCGCCCCGCUCGGUCUCGCGCGGUACUCAACCCACGAACAACUCCGGUAUCCGGACCGCGCGACGCUCUUGAACACCGUGAACGACUUUAUGGUUGUGUUCGGUGAGGUUGCGGAGGCGAGGAAGCGUGAGGAAGCGCGUAAGACGCAGAUGCCGGAUGAUGAUGGAUUUGUCACUGUUAGUAGUGGACCGAAGUUGAAUAAUGUUGCGCAGCAGGAGGAGAUGAGGGAGUUGGUUGAGAAGCAGAGGAAGAAGGAGGAAGGUCUGGGUGACUUCUAUCGCUUCCAGAGCCGUGAGAAGAGGAAGGAGAGACAGAAUCAGUUGUUGAGGAGGUUUGAUGAUGAUAGGAAGAAGUUGAGUGAGAUGAAGGAGCGGAGGGGGAAGAUUCGGCCAGAAUAA